CUGCUCAGGGGGCGAUACAGCCAGCUCUGGGUUUUGGUGUUUGUGGAUGAAUAAGAGAUGGCGGAGGGCAAUUUUGAUCCCUGUGAGUGCAUCUGUUCCCAUGAACAUGCCAUGCGGAGACUGAUCAACCUGCUUAGACAAUCACAGUCGUACUGUACUGACAAUGAGUGCUUUCAAGAAUUGCCUGGACCAAAUUCCUCUACUGAUGGUGGCUUCAACAUUGCUAUGAUUGCUAUGGCUUGGCUUGUUAUUGGCGUUACUUUAUAUCUGUUAAGACCAAGAAGUCUAAGAGGCAACGGACCAUCAGCCAAACCAAACAGUCCUCACAGUAAUCAGGGUCCGGAACCUCCAGCCCCCCCAGUAGACUAGCCCAACCCACGUCUUCAGAACAGCUAGGAAUUUGCACGACCAAAUGAAGCCAAACUGGCCAGACUACUCUGAACCCAAGGAAUUUUUUUCUCUCUCUCUUUUUCUGAUUUAUUUGUCAAUAGGGCCAAAGGCCUGAUAUUUCUGUCCUGGUUCUUUGGGUCAUACUAAUCUUCUAAUUCUUAGCAAGUUUACAACAGUCAGACUUGCACUUCUGCCAGUGUUUUCAGGUUACAGAAGAGUAUACAUUAGUCAAUGUACUUUUAUUGGGGUUACAUUUUACCGAUUUAUGAGAUCAAUCUUGUAGCUUAUUACAGUGAUUGGGUGGCCUUAGCUGAUUUGAAUACUCUGUUCAACAUUUUACUUCUUCACUCCUCUUUGAUGUAUAACUUUGUGCUUUUUUUUUCUUUUCUGAAUGGAAUGGAUUGGGGGAACAAUGUAAAUGACACACAUUCCUAAAGGGAGGGGGGUGGGGGGAGUUACCAGCUAGUACAGUUCAUACCAUUGGUGCCAUUUCAUUGGGUCACAUUUUUGACUUAUUUACAGGGUACAUAUGAUAUUACUAUAGACAUACAUUACAAUAGCAGGAUCUGCUGCAACACCUUAACCAGAAACAUUAGCUCAGUGUUUUCAAGAGAGUACUAAUUACUGAUCGUAUAUUAAAAUAGCUUGAUUGAUAAA